GUGGGAUAGUAUCGCCAUUCAAAUGCUGAAGGAUGCGGUGGAUGAGGGUGGUAAGAGGAGGGCGGAGGCUAUUGCUGUGGUUAUGCAGGAGGGUGUCGCUCAUAUCUGCUUCAUCGGGCAGUUUCAGACUGUUCUCAAGCAGAAGGUGGAGAUGUCUGUGCCGCGAAAGCGACAAGGUAGUAGUGAUCAUGAUAAGGGGUUGACCAAGUUCUACCAAACCACUCUGGACACACUCCUCCGGCAAAUGGAGUUCAACACGAGCGCGACGUCUCAGACGAGCAACGAGCCCGUGCGGCCGAUCCUGCUCGCAUCCCCCGGGUUCGUCGCAGCCGGGUUCCAGAAACACAUCCAGUCGGCUGCAGCGACGACGACACCGGCGCUGAGACGCCUCGUCCCCAGCCUAGUGGUGGUACACUCGGCGUCAGGAUAUCUGCACUCCCUGACCGAAGUGCUGCAGUCACCGGCGGUGAAGAGCAUCCUAGCGGACACCAAGUACGCGCGCGAGACAAAGCUGAUGGACGAGUUCCAGGAGCAGCUGCGCAAGGAGACGAAUCGGGCGACGUACGGGCCGCGGGAGGUUGAGUCGGCUGUGGACCAGGGCGCCGUGGGUCGCGGGGGCGGCGUGCUGAUCGUCUCCAACCGUCUGUUCCGGUCUCAGGACGUGGCGGAGCGCAAACGGUGGGUGUCGUUGGUGGAUCGCGUGCGCGACGUCGAGGGAGGCGAGGUCCGAGUGUUGAGUUCGGAUCACGAGAGCGGUCGUCGAUUGGAUAGCUUGGGAGGCGUCGCGGCCUUGUGUACGUUCCCCGUUAUGGACGAGGAUCUUGACUCGGAGGAGGACAGUUGAGUCUGCAUUGGAAUUACAUCAUACCCAGUAACGUUGGCUGUACAGUUCAAAACGAUGACGAAGAUCAUGAGUCAAAAUCCCUCGAUCUAUCAGGACACCCAAUGGUAGCUUGACAUUUAAGCCUGUAUGCGCUCACUUCGGAUGCGCCUUGUCUAGAGUGUCUCACUCGAGCAUAUGCAAUUAUACCUUUGUUUAGGCUGUUAUGGAUCCUGCACAUACAUGAAUGAAUAGACAGGUAGGAAGGGAGACGGAACAAGCCCAACCAGGAGAAAACAAAACAAAGACACGA